GAACCUAUGCGUUGGAUCACUGAUUCACCAGAAAUUUUGUUUUGAUAACACGUAGUUUGUGUAAGGAUUCCUGACCCGAAAAACUAUGUCCUGUUGAAACCGAUUAUAUCACACCGGAAGCAAUGGACAGACCAGACUUACAGCACUACUAUCUGGAACUGUCGCCGGAUCCGGUUCGGUUCGACGCCGUGAGUCAGCUGACGAAUGUUUUCUUCGACGAUGCAAAACAGCAGGUAUUUGCCGUCCGUUCCGGUGGUGCUACUGGGAUUGUAGUCAAGAGUGCCAACGAUGCACAGAGUAUCUCUUUCUGCAUGGAAGACCGAGGUACCAUCCGGUCGAUCAAGUUCGCCCCGGACAACCAGAUUUUGGCUGUCCAACGGAACGAAACUGCAGUCGAGUUUGUUCCUUUCAAUGCUAGCAAUCAACCCGUUGUGGCGGACAUGCUAAUCCACCAGGGCAAGAACACCAUAUACGGAUUUGUGUGGGUUCAUGACCGUCAGGUGGCGUUAAUCUCAAACGCUGGAGUGGAGAUAUUCCAGCUGAACUUGGAAAAACGGACUUUGAAGUCGGUCAAGUCUCUGAACUCGUCGGUGAGUUGGUUCAGCUUCUGUCCCACGUCUAACUUCGCGUUGCUGUCCUCGAACAAUGGCUCGAUCUUGACACCGGUGCUGUUGAAGCCAUCAACUAUCACGAAACUUCCCCGUCUAGAGUUGGGCACUGGUCAGACCUGUUCCGGGAGGGAUGUGACUUUGGCUCAACUGUACGGUACCAAUGCUAUUAUGAUUUUGAGGCAGCUGCAGAACCGCCAAUUUGAAGUGGUUAUCUAUCUACUGAACGGCCCUGGAUUAGCACCACGGAAGUCCCACAUCCUUCGGCUGGGACAAAACGGACGCUUCGCUAUGAACAUCGUCGACGACGUGGUGGUGGUUCAUCAUCAGGCAACGGCAACUUCAAUGCUGUUCGACAUAGCCCUCGGGGGAGGAGAGAUAGAUGCCAACUCGGGAGCAGUUAUUCAUCAACCGAUCAUUCCUGCUAAAGCGAUCAAACCAUUUGCCUUGGAAGUACCGAGCAUUUCGCUCGACGGCAAGACUGUCAUGUGCGAUCUAUAUUCACAACACUGGGUUCUGUUUCAACCGAACAUCGUAAUCGAUGCCAAAUUGGGCUGCCUUUGGUCUGUGCUGUUGAAGCUGAACUCGCUUUGCACCCUCAUCACGGACAGAAUUCGGCUGGUGGAAUUCCUGCUGCAACGAAGCGAUGGUAAAUCUGCUCUGCUGAACGUACUCAAGGAGAUGAUGAGUUCGAACUACAGCGGAACUAUGCUGCCUAUCAUCGAAAGCGUGUUCAACAAAUUGAACUCGCUGUACAAAAGCGUGCUAGACAACGAGCUUCAGAGUCAGAUGGCCCUGAUGGCACUAUCCAGCAAGACAACUUCCCAUAAGCACAUGGUCAAUCCACGGGUGCUCAUCGAUCAAGCUGACAUGUAUACGGCCGUGUUCUCCUGUAUCACAGAGGCAGAACAGCUAGGUAAAAUCCUGCUGCUCUAUUUGCAUUCCCUAGCCCGUCACGGUAUCGCUCCCAGCCACGAGCUGAGCAAGCAAAUCGUCAUAGAUUUGGUCAACAACAGACAGUUCGACACGCUGCAGAAUCUGCUCAAAUAUUCUGCCCUGAAUGAGUCGAAACCAUUGGCGUGCUUCCUCCUCUCACUGUCCAAUACGCAUCCCUCGGUGUCACAAAUGGCGCUGGACAUGUUGGCCCGGCUGAACGCCAACGAGAUUAUUCUGGAGGUUCUGCUGGAGAAGGGACAGGUCAUUGAGGCGCUUCGGAUCGCCAAGCAAAUGCCCGGAGCGGACUCGUUACCGGCCAGGAAGUACCUCGAGGCGGCGUUCAAAACCAAAGACCCGCUGGUGUUCCACUCGGUGUACAACUUUUUCGAGGCCAAGAACAUUAGGGUGCGAGGCUCGCCGAAUUUCCUCAAACAUGAACAAUGCGGGGAAUAUGUGCAACACUAUCAAACGUUGAUCAGCACGCAAUGUUUGUAACAGGUCGAUGAGAUUAGACUAGACUUAGAGGUAUGAUCUAUGAACUCUAUUUCAUCAUUCAAAUUGUGAUUUGUUUAAAGGGAUUAUAUUGCAUAUUUAUUGUGA